CAGUCAUUUAUAAGAGACAAGAACCAUACGACCAAUGUCGUAGAACAAGUUCUUUAGUAUUCACACAAUCCUCUCACAAUCAUUCAUCUCUCUACAUUAGCACGAAGACUGGUUUCAAGAGUUUUCUUGUAGCACAAGAAAGAUCAAGUUUGUGUAACUAAAGAGACAAAGAAAUGACGGAAAAGGAUCUUCUUUUCGACACGAUACUUGCUCGUAGUUUUAGCAGAACUGGGCAGAAGAGACUUGGAUAUGGAGCUUUCAUUGCCUCUCUUCUCUUCGUCUACACUCUUUGCACUGUCUCUAAACCUUACCUCAGCCCUCUACCAAUCGUGGAGAUGCAAUUAUCAGUGGACGCUGGUCUCAGAAUGCUGAGAAUAACAGAACCGCCAGCAUUAAAGAGCAGCAACAAUGAAACAUCCGCAGAUUCAGAGAAACUCAUUAUCCAAACGAAUCAAGAUAAUGUUACAUCAAGUUCAGUGACUACUCAGAGCCUAAUCAGUUCUGAAGAUCACAAGUUUAAUGUCUGCAACGACACAAGCUUGCCAAAGAAUUUUCUUGAUUCGUUUAAUUGUACUACCAACACUACAAUCUCCAAAGAAGAAGUUAUUUCAGAUGAAAAUGAAUUGGAGAAAACUGUGAAACCUAUAUGCACCAAACUAGCAAGAACAGAGUUCUGUGAAUUUAGCGGCGACGUAAGAAUUCAUGGAAAAUCCGCGACUGUUUUAGCUGCGAUCACGUUUGCGUUUUCGGGGAAUUCCACGUGGCAUAUGAGACCUUACGCGCGAAAAGGUGACCUGGUGGCGAUGAAUCGCGUGAGAGAAUGGACCGUGAAAUUGGAACAAAACGCUGACCAAUUAGAAAACGCUAAUUUCUCGCGUUGCGUUAGGAAUCACAGCGUUCCGGCGAUGAUUUUCUCUCUCGGAGGCUACACGAUGAACAAUUUCCACGAUUUCACCGAUGUCGUGAUUCCUCUGUACACGACGGCGCGUCGAUUCAACGGAGAAGUUCAGUUUCUCGUGACGAACAAGAAUCCAUGGUGGAUCAAAAAAUUUAAGGAAUUAGUGAAGAAACUAUCUAAUUACGAAGUGAUUUACAUCGACGACGAAGAAGAAACGCACUGUUUCAGCAGCGUCACCGUCGGUCUCAUUCGCCACCGUGAGUAUUUCAAAGAGUUGACUAUCGAUCCUUCGAAUUCGGAGUAUUCAAUGUCCGAUUUUCGAAGUUUUCUAAGAGACACCUACUCAUUGAGAAACGCCGCGGUGAUUACGAGCCAGAUCCGGCGGCGGAGGCCACGGAUCCUGAUUUUGACGAGGAGCAGAUCGCGAGCGUUCGAAAACGCCGGCGAAAUCGCGAGAGCGGCGAGACAGAUCGGAUUCGAAGUCGUGGUGGCGGAAGCGAACACCGGAGUCGCGAAUUUCGCGCAAACGGUGAAUUCCUGCGACGUGAUACUCGGCGUUCACGGCGCGGGGCUGACGAACAUGGUGUUUUUGCCAGACAACGCGGUCGUGAUUCAGAUUCUUCCGAUCGGUGGAUUCGAGUGGCUUGCGAAGACGGAUUUCGAGAGACCUUCGGAGGGAAUGAAUCUGAGGUAUUUGGAGUAUAAGAUCGCGGCGGAGGAGAGUACGCUGGUGAAGAAGUACGGACGCGACCACGAGGUCGUGAGAGAUCCAUCGGCGGUUGCCAAACACGGGUGGGAUAUGUUCAAGUCGGUUUAUUUGGUACAACAGAACGUUAGUAUUGAUAUAAACCGGUUCAAGCCGGUUCUUGUCAAAGCUCUUGAGUUAUUGUAGAGGCAGUCGGUGUAAAUUAAAUAUUUACCGCGUUC